CAACGGUGCACCUUCGGGAUUUCCUCGGUUGUCUGUUUUUCAGCAGUUAUUAGUGAGCUAACGAGUCAUACUGUCGGCAACAGUUCAUAGUGUUUUGUCUGAGCUGAAAAGUAACAGUUAUAGAAAGCCAAUGUCGGAUAUAUUGUGCAGGUGGCUGAACCAGGACCUCCGGCUGUCAAAAGCUGUUGAGUCAGACACCUUUGCCAGUGAUUUCUCCAGUGGCUACCUAAUUGGGGAGGUUCUGCAUAAAUAUCAGCUGCAGAAGGAUUUCAGUAUGUUUAUGAAGAAAGACACCUCCAUCUCCAAAGUGAAUAAUUUUACCCGCAUCGAGCCAACUCUCAAGUUACUGGGGAUGUCCUUCGACAUAAACACAGCCCAAGACCUGAUGCAGGAGAAGCAGGGUGCUGCCACACACCUGCUUCACCAACUCUAUGUCUUACUUGAGAAGAAUAAGAAAGCAGAAAUUGGUGGGACAAUGAUGGAAAUUAUGCAGCCUGCAGCCAACGCAAACUUGCACAAAAAGGAGCAUGAAAUCUACUCUGAUCGACUGCAUCAGGUAGUGAAACGUGAUGCAGAGCUGAAGCUUCAGAAAAUGCCUCCGCACUAUGGGGAUAAAUCCCAGCAAUGGUGCGACCGGUCUGUGGUGACCCAUCCUAUCCAUCCAAAGAAACGACUCAAAAUUCCGGAUGAAAAACAAAUGAAGGAUGGUGAGAAGCUGCAGGUGUGCCAUCAGAGGCACAGUGACAUGACUUCUAACCAGGCCACUAAUAUCCAGGUGAACAAGCUACAUCUGCGCACUUUACAGCUUGACCUAAAGAAGAGACAGCAGCAGCAGCAGAAGCAGCAGCAGCGCAAAGAACGACAAGCACAGACAGUCCAGACUGAAAUUGCCCAGUUUGAGACAAACAGAAAGAAACUGGUUACUUCUGGUUUUGGUUCCUCUUCUAGUGGUCAGCCCUUCCCUACAGAUUUCCUCCUUGGUAGCGGCAGCCAGGCCUGUGAAGUCCCUGGAAGUGAAACUAAGAUGACGUUACAAUCCAAUAGCAAGUAUAUACAGGAGAUCCGACAGAGGCUGGAGGAGAAUGCUGUAGCAUGUGAACAGAGAAAGAAAAGAGUAGACAGAUUCCUGGUGGAGCAGUUCAAGGCCCAUGAAGCUCAAGAGGAGGCGCAGCGAGAGGAGCAGCUAGUGAGGCGUCUGACACGUCAGACUCGGCAGGAGCAGCGUUUGGCAACACAGCUACUGCAAAUGCGUAUGCAGAAGGAGGUGAUUCGAGAGAAUCGCCUGUUCAGAGAGCAGCAGUACCAGCAGCGGAGGGAGAGGGACUUCAGGGAAGCUCUGGACAGGGAGGCGGUUUUGGCUCAGCAGGCUAAGUUGGACUGUGCAGAGGAGAUCGGAAAGGAGCUUGAAUUCUGUAACAGGAUUGCUGCUGAGCGAGCUCAAAACAGAUACAAGAAACACUUUCAGAUCUGCAAGGACAUUUUGGAGCAGAUAACAGACUUGGCAACUAAGGUUGGAGAAUAUCGACUGCUCACUGGAAAUCUGAUUCCAGGGAAACUGAUGAGAGAGUGGAAGGAAUUGCUGUUCAGGGGCCUCCCUCUCUUUGAGCCGGUAAAGGGCCACCGGCCAGAGUUUUCUACUCCACUAGACCCCGUAGAGCUUAAGAAGCAAGACACACUCAACGAUCAGGAUUAUGAUGAAUACACUCAUAUGGUAGGUGAGUGGACGUGGCCAGAGGAAGCAGGGGAGACACAAUUACCCCCAGGCAACAACAACGUUCUUGGACAUGUUGUCCACCGACUGAGGAACAUUGUUCAUCCACCCGUCAUGGAGCCGUCACCUGUAUUUCCUCACUUUAGCAUCAAGGCCUGUGUCCUGGGGAAGAUUUGCUCUGGCAAAACCACCUGCGUGACCAAGAUUGCUGAAGCACAUGGCAUCUGUGUCUUAUCAGCAGACUCACUGAUUGAGGAGGCAGUGAAUGCUUAUAAGAAUGGAGAGGAGAAAGUACAGGACACACAACAGCAGGCAGAGAAGGACAUUGAGCAACUGCUUACAUCUUCCACAUCACUAAAAUCUGAUCUUGAUACUGAAGAGGAAUGUAAAGACAGUAUUGCAAGACUGUCUACACGUGCCAUACAUGGAGCAGCUGCUGAAAAUGAGCUGAGGAAAGGGAAGGCCAUCCCUGAUGAGCUGUUAGUGGGCAUUAUAGUAGAGGCGAUCAGUCAGAUUCCAGCUCAGUCAGGUUGGAUCUUGGAUGGUUUUCCAGUAGACAUCACUCAGGCCCACCUAUUAGAGAAAGCCCUGGGUGGAUCUGUAGGCGUAGAGAAGGAAGUUUUGAACAGCAGGACCAACCUUGCUGCUGAUCCCAAUCCACCCAAGCCUCCACCCCCUCCUGCACCUGUGCUGGACUUGGCCAUGCUACUGGACGUCCCUGAUGCGUGUGCGGUCAAACGUGCAUUCAGUCACAUAGGUGCAGAUACAGAUACGGCUGCUGCUACAACUUCCCAAUCCACAGACAAGAACUUGUAUCUGGCACAGAUUCCACACAGGAUCGCAGGUUUUCAGGAAAACUGGCCAGAACUAGAGAAAUGGUAUGGUGGAAAGCAAAACAUUUUGGUCCGUGUUGAUGCAGAUGUAGAUGACGAUGAACUUUACAGCAGGGUGGAGUCUAUCCUGCAACUAGUUAUGCUGGAAACACAAGAAGCUCUUGCCACACCGCCUGUAAAAGACGUAAUGCUAGAUGAUGCAAAAGCUCCAGAAUCUUCUUCUUCAGCCACACCUCAACCUGUAAACCAACCUCCAGCACCCACGGACAAGAAGCUCGGCCCCAAAGAGUCUCAUUCUAGCCUAAAAGAAGAAAAAGUCAGAAGUGUGACGCCACUCUCCAAAUCCAACAUGCACUCUCCUAGAGGACACUCUGGAAACGUGUCAGCGUCUUCAGUGUCCAAUAACUCUCAAGCAGUUGCCAAGAACCCAAAAGAGUCCAUUUCUUCCCGUCCAACUUCAUCCAGACAGGAAUACGUGGAUGAACCUCUUCUCUCAGAGGUACCGGGGUACCUGUCUCUUUACUGGGAUGAAUUGUGUGAUUCUUAUGUGAACAGCAUAAGGACAGUAAUGCAGCAGCUGCGCUCACAGCGCACUGAUAUUAAUCAUCACAUGUACAACAUCAGAGAGGGUUACAAGCAUUACUUGGGGCGUCCAGAUUUAAAGCAAGAGUUGGUGUCACAGUGGCAAAAGGAUUUUAAUGGCGUACCUGAUAAUAUGAGAGAAGAUGAGGAAACCACUGCGGAGCUACACAUGAGACUGGAUGGACUGCGUGAACGUUUGUGGGACAUUAGUGACAAGCGUAAGGAGGAGGACGAGCAAGAAAGGGAUGCUCUCUUGUAUGACAACUGGCUGGAAGACCACACUGCUGUCCUGAUCAACCACCACUCUGCACUAAUGCAGGUGGAGUUGAAACGUUUCCAGCAGACCCUCUGGUUUCUCAGGGCCUACUAUUUGAGCAUGUACAAGCAGACGCUGCCUGAACCACCUUCCAAAUUUGCAGAUAUCUGCCUACUGGAGACCCCAGUAACUCAGGAUCAGAAUGAGAGACGUCCUGACUCCUCAAAGGGAGUCUCUGAGACGAAAGGCCAGGAUCAGACAGGCCCUGUUAAGCAGCCAGAGGAGAAACUGAUCUCUGACUAUGAAGAAGCACUCACAGCCAUCAACAGAUUGGUGUCAGCAGAAGCCCACAAGGGGGAGACAAAAAAGCAGGAGGAGAAACCACAAGAGAAGGAAAAGGAAAAAGAGGAGAAAGAGAAAGAGAAGGCCUCUGCAAGUGCAAAGAAAAUGAAACAAGGAAAACAGUCAGCAAAAAAACAGAAAGGUCCACCAAGCCCACCUCUGGCACCCACCCCUGCACCACCUGAUGACAAAAACACAGAGAAGACAGAGAAGACUCGUGAUCAGAAAGUUAGAGAAAAAAUACGUAAAGAACAUGCAGCUGCACUGAAUCACGAGGGUAAUGCAGCAAAGGUGCGCUUGGCACUAGUAAAAGGUCAUGGUCUGGUGAUGGUGCACUCCCUGCAAAGCAGAGCAGAACAGACCUUUAGCAGUAUGCAGAAGUGGUUAGAAGCACAUUAUCUUGCAGAAAUGAAGAGUAUUGACCAGUUAUCAGAUGUAGUUUUCCACCACAUAGAGGCUGGUGAUAAGCUCCAGAAUAAGCUGGUGUUGAAAUGUUCUGACUUCUAUCUGAAUGGAGACUGCCAUAUGGUACCUAGCCAUGCUCCACCUCGUCCACCCCCUUUGGAGAAACCCACACAGUCCACCCCAACUAUCAUUCAGCUAGAGUCACUCCACCGAAAGCUAUGCAACAUUGCUCCAUCAGGUCUCAUGUCCAGUUCUGAGCUCUCCAGGUUUCUUAAGUAUGUCACCUUUGGUAAAAACGACAGAAACAUCUUGCCUGAGCCCUGGAUGGGCAAAAGUGAAACACAGGUGAUGGAACUUGUAUCUUUACUAAUGGACGAGUAUAAGCUGAUAGACUGGCGGCGGUUUGUGCUGAGUGCUGCUCUCCCUUGGCCAUUUCCCUCCUUAACACAGCUGCUGGCUGUGCUACAACGUUUCAGGGCAGCAGAUGCUGGAGACACAGGCUAUGUACACAAGGAACAGUAUCUAAAGAUAGAGUUGUGGUUUUCAAAUGAGAGUGUCCAGACUGUUCCUGAGGACCCCUCUGAACCUGUACCCUAUGACCGUCUGGCUAACUUACGGGAGUUCUUUUUCCAGCUGUUUGCAGACCACUCCUUCUCUCCCCCUCGACUGGAUUACGUUUCCAUGCUGCAGUACUUUGCAGCCGACCCCAACCCCAGACAGGGUUUCAUCAGAGCACUCAGUGUCGUACUGGGGCAACAUCUCAAGCACUCCUCACUGGACCAUCUUGUUAAGUCUAUGCCCUGUAUGGAAGAGGCUACAGAGCUCACCUCCAUAGAACUUGAUGGAAAUUACAAGGAAGAAGAGACUCCAGGAGCAUCAGGCAGUUUGUCUGAGGAGCAGGAAGUGUCCAUCUCUGCUCUCCUUGCUGUCAUCUGCCACCAAGUCUCCAAGAUGAAGGACAGCACCCACUGUUAUCCAGAAUGCCCAAGUCAGGAGAAGCUCACUGAGGUAUUCAGAACGCUGGAAUACAAGCCAGAGGACCGUGUACCAUUCUCCAUUCUCUCUCAGCAUCCAUUCAUCCAGGGCCGGUUGGAGACCUCAAAACACUACCAGCUUGUAAACAUUCAUAGGGUGCUGCUUGCAUGUCAGGAUGAAGGAGAGCCAGACAGUUUCAUAGUUUCCUAAAGGACAAGACAUGAUGCAUUACACAUAAAUACUGAACUCUAUUACCGAAGGAAACAUGUUUGAGAUAUUUUCUUUGCAUUUGUAUUUAAAAUGUUUAUACUUAUUUCACAUGUUGAAAGAACAGAUGUGCAAUCAAACCUUGAUUCAGAAAUGACUAUAACUAAUGAAGGCUGGAAUUGGAACAUAUUUUCAGUGACAAUAAUAACAUCAAUGGUGCAAGGAUUGA